CUGAUUUCCAAAUUAAUAGCUAUCAAUUAUCAAAAAAACUAUAAAUCUCCAUGUGCUCACAAUAAAUCGAAGAUUAAUUAGCCUAUUCCACGCGAAAUACACAACAAACACAACCGUCACAUUAAGUUUGAAUUGAAAUAAAGUAUAGCUUUGAAGCAACGAUUUAACAACAAGAAAAAUUACGAAGCUUGUUUUUCAAAACAAUCACUUUGUCGAAUCGCAAAACAGUGAAUUUAAUAACUUUGCCUGGUUAAAUCUGGGAUUAAAUUAUAUAAGAAUACAACAAAAUAAGUAAACUAUAAGUGAGAAGUGAAUUGAAGAUGAAUUAGUGCAAUUUUAGGAUUUAAUGAUGGAAAUUUGAAGAAGUGAAUUAAGGAAAUCUGCAACUUGUUCCUCGGAAUAUUUUGAAAAGAUUAAAAAUAAUUAUCAAAAGAUAAUUUUAACUGGAUAUCUACUGUGUAUUCUAAAAUAUGUCGAUGUGAUUUUGUUAUUUGAGUCUUAAAUAUUAUACAGUGCAUGAAAUUAGCUGUUAAAAAAGGAGCGAUAACCGAGAAAAUUGCAUUGGAAAAUUUGUAGAAAAUUUUCAUCUAUAAAAAAGAAAAGAAAGAAAAAAAAUUUUAAUGGCUUCAAGACAAAAUUAUCCGUCAGUGUUAAGUAGUAAUUCAACAGCAAAUGUUAAGGAGAAGAGCAGUCACAGUAGUAAUAAGACGGAAACAUCAAAAUUGAAACAUGAUAAGAAUUCAUCGUCAUCGUCGUCAUCAUCAGGACACAUACCGCUGAGUAGUAGUAAUACCAUCAUCAAUAAUAUGUCAAAAAGGAAAGGUACAUCAUUUCAGAUUACGUCUGUAUCUGUUAGUUCUGCAAAUUCGCACCAUCAUUCGUCUUCGUCGCAACAAGUCCAGCGUAACAGUACAGAUAACAAUAACGAUUAUGAGACACCUAGCAUCUCGGAGACGUUCAGCGGUGAAGAUGUCUUCUUUGCCCAACAAAAUGCAUUUGGUACAGCCCCAGUCAUCCCAACUAGUUCUCAAUACGGCCUUGCCAUUGUCGGACCCGAUCAUCAUGGCACAGAUGUUCAUGUAAGUGUAAGUGAUGCUGGAAUCAAUAUAAUGGGACCUAUUUCUAGCAAACAAGAUCCUGAUCAUAAGAACGAGAGAUUUAAAGUUGUCAAAAUUGAGAGUACUGAGCCAUUUAAGCGAGGACGAUGGAUGUGUAUGGACUAUCUUGAUCAUACGACACUCCAAGAUGACGGAAUUGACGGUAAGGAUGGCGAUGAAAACAUGAAAAACGAGCAUCACGAAGCAAUCGUUGGACCACGAGUAUUGAUUAUGAAUAAUGGCGAAAUUGAACAUAUUAUAAGUGACAACGAAGACCUGGAUCAUGAAGUUAAUAAAAUCAAUAGUAAGCAACAACUGUUUUAUAAUCAUCAAGAUGUUACGCAAAAUACACAUCAAAACACUAGUCAUCCACAAACAAUGACAUCUAUUCCCACUUACAUUGAUCAUUCUUCUUCUACAACAACCAACAACAACAACAAUAAUAUUGUUCACAGUAUGCCGCAACGACAACUUGAGCAACUUUUAACUCAAGAAAAACAACUUACAUUACAUUUAUCGCAUGAUAAUAACAAUACUAACUCAUCGGAACAUGCUGGAAUCGCUACACUAAAUGGUCCGCAUCAAAGUGAAAUGUUACCACAAUCGUCUAAUGAAAAUAAUAUUAAUAGCAACAAUAACACAUCACAGCAGCAACAGUCAAUUGUAAAUCAACAACAUUUUAUGGAGCAUCAUCAACAUGCUCAGACAAUGACUCAAGAGAUGAUUCAUAGCAUGGUGCAUUCACACGAUCAACAAAAUCAUCUCCAAGGAUUAACGUUACCGACUAAUAUAUUAAUGCAGAAUAUAAGUCACGAACAUCAUCAGCAACAAUCUCAAUUGAACAGUCCAAAUUCUUCCAAUGCUCUUCCGUUAUCUUCAAUUCCAACUCAAAAUAUGUCUAACAUCAAUGUCACAGAGAAUGCAUCAUUAACUAGCGCCGAAAAUGAGUUUAGUAAUAACAAUUGUAGUAAUAUUAAUAGUAAUAACCAAGAUAAUAUGACGAACCAGUUUCAAGCAUCUCAAGUUGUAACUGGUGAUAGAAUCCAACAACAAAGUGAAUCUGACAACCAACAACAAACGGGAAAUUUAGUAACAAACGAAAUUAACUUAAGUAAUAAUAGUGAUAGUAAUAAUAACAUAACAGUUAGCAAUGAUGGAACUCAGCAAAAUGCAUCUUCUCCGUCUAGUUCCGCCGGUAUUGGAACUGUCGUUGAGGGUGCAGCUGGCAUCGAUAUCAGUGAAAGUGCUUCAAAUAAUGUGAAUAGUGGCAAUAAUAAUAGUAAUGCAACUGGUGGAAUCGAUGAUGGACAAGCAAUAAGCGAGGAUAAUGAAAGUAAAACGGCACCAUCUAUGACACAAAAAGUAAAGGAGAAAAAAUGUAUAGGCUGUACCCCUGGUGGUUUGGCAACGACAGCACUUACUAUGAAUUUAUCGACAAUAAGUCCUUUAUGCACAAACGUUGGAUGUAUUGGCGCGAGUUGUAGUAAAGAUGCUAAUGCGAGUAGUCGCGUAAGCAGAUCUGCUUCACCUGCACUUGGAAAUACAUCAGAUAAUCCCAGUGCAUCUGGAACGAGUGCUGUCGCAAUUGAUAACAAAAUUGAACAAGCAAUGGAUCUCGUUAAGUCACAUUUAAUGUUUGCUGUUCGUGAGGAGGUGGAAGUUCUCAAAGAGAAAAUCAAUGAACUUAUGGAUCGCAUCAAUCAAUUGGAAGUAGAAAAUACAAUAUUGAAAGCCAAUGCUAGUCAAGAGACACUCUCACAAUUAACAACGGCAGCUCCAUCACCUCCUCAGCAGCAGCAACAACAACAACAACAGCAGCAGCAACAGAGUGCAUCACCAGUCGUCUCGCAAAAUCCUCCAUCACAGCCUCAACAAAUAACUACACCUUCACAGCCGCAAGCUACUCAGCCAUCAGCCAAUACACAGAAUCAGGCAGCAUCCUAGAUAAAUGAGUUAUUAGGAAUUCUAAGAAAUUUUUAGGAUAUGAUCAAAAGUGUUUAGAAGAGCUAAGAUUUAAAAUAAUAAUUCAAUCACCUUCAAAUUCGCCAUGUCAAGAAAGAGAAGAAAGUCUUCAAAAUGGAGAUUGAUGUUUGGUAUUAAAUAUUCUAGCUGCUACAACACAUUACCAGGGUUGCUGUCUAGUCAUCCGGAUCUAGAUUAUCUUUUCCGAAUAAUAAUAUGAGUAAGCACUAUUUAAUAUUUUUGAGCCUGACUCGAAAUGCAUGCAAAAAUUGCUGAAUCUAGAUCAGGAACAACUAAAACAAAUUAUGAUGGCAACUCUGCAAAGUAAAAACUGAAAGCAUUGCAUUGUUAUACAGUACUAAAACUGAGUAAUAUAAAUUUGCUAGCUUACACAUUACAACGUUUAUGCUUAUUGCUGCGAAAAUAAAGAAUGAAGAAUAGAAGUAAUUAAUGUGCCGCGCAGAAUUUUAGUUGACUGUUCCAUUACGGCGAAUUAAUUGUGAUUGAGAUUAUAUAAUUGUAAAAUUAACUUUAUUUUACAUUUAAAAACAAAAAAACAAAUUGCAAAGAGAAUUAUUAUCACCAUUCUGGUUUAAAUAAGUGACGAGAGUAAUAUUUUUAUAAAGAAAAAGUGGAUGGAUGAUAAGAAGAUUAUGCAAAUCAAAUAAUAAUAAUAACGAUUAUAAAUAUUAUGAUACAAAAAGUCACGAAUAUGAUAAAGAGUUUACAGAAGUAAAGUUAUGGGAAAAAGGGUGCGAACUGACAAAACUCGUACACACAUACACACACAAACGAUAAUGCUUUGAUUACAUCAUUAUUAUGAUCAGUAUCGUGCAAAGCAAGCUAAUUCAUAUGGAAGGUAGAAGGUGGCAUUUAAAUAUGAGACGACAUAUACUGUAUUAUGAGAUUUAUGCUUUGAUUUUAACUUAGAACGAUAUUUGAUGUUCAAUAAGCAGAAGAAAAACAUGAAAAUUGUAAAUACUUUAAACAAUUGUUUUAAAUACACUCACAUAUACACACACAAUAGUUAAAUUAAAUUUUUUUUAUAUAUUUUCUAACUCAACUCGAGCAACACAAAAUAAUGAGAUGAGGCUGUCACAUCAAGGCAUUAAUUGUAGUCAUAAAAUGUUUGUUACACUUCUUUAUUCGAUUGUAAAUUAUCAGCCAUUUAACUGUUAAGUUGACUUUCAUUAAGGCAAUUCAGGACAGAGUGAUGUAGAGCUUAACUUUGGCAAGAAAUCGUGAUUGUCAGGAAACACGGAUAUAAGAGUUUUAAUAAACCGUCCAGUGACCAACAUUUUUUCAAUCUUAAUGACCUUCUUAUUGAGUGUCUUAUUACAACUUUUUUGACUAUCAAAGUAACUUUCAUUUACUCGUCAAGUGACAGUCCAAACUUCUUAUUUCUCACUUUUUUUGUAUUGCUUGAGAUACACAAAAAGUCUACACAUGUUGACAUGCUUUCUUUAUUGUAGAAACAUGAACGAAUUUGUUUGUCAGAUAACGAAUAAAUAAAAGCUAAAUGAUGAUGAAUUAACAGAAUGUAAAAUUAUAAAGCAUGCAGCAUGUAAACCAUAGUAUUUUCUUAAUAGACAGACAGAUAUUUAUAUCAACUCAAUUAUUAAGACAUGAACCUUUAAACACACAUAUACACACACAUAAAUUAUUAAUAACCAAUAAAUUAUUAUCCAAAUGAUGAAAAACAUGUUGUUUCUUUAAAAACACACGCUUCAAUUAGAGUAGGAUGUAAUAAAAGUGCUAUAAUAUCGAAGUGCAUAAUUCAGGACUAUUAAAAUGAUGUCUAUAAGAACUAUAAAUCACUUGAUGUGAUUCAAUACAGAUCCAUUUCCUUAAAAAAAUGGAACUCAUUGAAAUUUUUUGAUCCAAAUUAAUAAAGUUAAACUUGGUGAUUUAUUUCACAUUUUCAAGUUUUAUUGGGAAGUGAAGAAUUGCUUGCGUUUAUCCAAGAAUAUCUAAAGCUCUAUAACAGUCAUUAAUUUUAAAUUAAAUGGCUUUAGAAAAUUCUUUGUUUAGGUUUUGAUGCAAAACCUUAAUUAAAUUUUGAAUCAAAGAAUUUCAUACAAAGUUCCAUCCAGGCCCGUUUAAAGGAAUAGUAUUUGAAAAUAUAUAGCAAUUUAUAUUGAUGUUGCAAUAAGAGAUGUAACAAAAUUAUUCCGAUAUUUGCAUUAACAUAAAAGAAAAUAUAAAGCACUUGAUAUUUUUGCUAAAAACUAACGAAUUGUGGAUUGAAGAUUUAAAAUAAAAAGAUGAUGGAUAUCCUAGAAAGUGUGUACGAAAGAUAAAGGACCUCAUAAACACCGCUUAAAAGUUCUAUAAAAGUUUAAGUUACGUACAGAUUUUAUAAUUUAUUAGGACAUAAGUCAUGUAAAAUAGCAAGUGUUGUUCGUAAGUGUAUUAAUUAAUAUAAUAUUAAAAUAAUCAUGUUUUCUGAUUGUACAUAAAAGGAAAUUAAAUUGAAGGAUGUGAAAAGAAAAAAUGUUUUUAUUAUCGAGAAUUAACUGAAAGUGAAUAUUGAAAAUGAUGAGAAAGUCAUACAAAAAAUCUAUUUUUUAUGUUUCGCGUUUCUGGCUAAAAUGCAAAGUUAAAAUAACAAAAUUUUCUUUAAUUUCCCAAAGAACUUUAUUUAAAAAAAAGCUAUUAUGAAAAUUUUUAUAUUUUAUAUCUACAUAUUUUUUUGGUGAAUCAAUUUGCGAUUUUUUAUGGUUUAAAAGAUUUCUUUUUUCUUCGUUGUUAAUCAAAUUGAUUUUUCAUUACAUUAAUUCUUUUUUCUUAAAAAAUAUGGGCUGUGCUGAAAAAAUUAAAUGAAAGAAGUUUUUGAUUUGAAAAAAAAAAGUCAAGAAUAGAUAGGAAAGAAUGAAAGAUUAAGUCAUCAUUUUUAAAUAUAUAUUUUAAUGUAAUGCAAAAAUACAAAAAAAAACACAAUAAAAAAUGAUUCAAUAAAAAUUAAUUAACAUAAAUUCAUUUAGUUCCAUUUUAAUUACAGCUUAAUUAUUUCUUUGUCAAAUUAUUGUUCAUUUGUUUAGCUGCUUUCUUUUGUUGACGCAUUUCUUCAUCUGUACGUUCUGUAUACAGAUCCAGAUGACGUCCGUUCUUCCACACGAGAACAUCAAAGAAUACUCCAAUUGUUGUCAAACAGAAUGCUGUCAAGUUUACAUAAUAUCUAAAUAGUUUUUGAUCAUAAAGCUGACAAUUUCCUUUACGACCAUUACAUUGCUCAGUCCAUACUAUACAUGUCUCAUCUAUAAUACGUCCAUAAAGAAUUGGACCAGGAAUUAAAGCGAAUAAUGAAACAAGCAUAAGAAUCAAUCCUUGAGUUACACUUUUAUCUUUUAUAGACACACAACGGAAGUUGAGUAAGAUAUUUCCAAUACGACCAGAUGUUCCAAAACAGUUGAUGAUUGACGAAAUCAAUGAGAAUGCAUAAAAUCCAAAAGCACAACCUUUCACACAUGCUCCAGGAGUCAUUUUACCCCAAAAUUGAUCCUCUUCUGUCUCUUUAUCUUUAAUUGAUCUCCUUGCUCGAUCAUUUAAACUACUUUCACUAUAAUCAUUAUUGAUAGUUGUACUGUAACUAUCAUCAUCAUAUGCUACAUCUUCAUUUCCAUUAGUCACUCCUAAAUUAUUCUUAAGUAAUCCUAAAGUACUUGCUGGUAGAUCAUUGGAAAUACUUUCUGUUGUUGGCUUAAAUGCAGCACUAAAAUUACUAAUGAUAUUUGAUACUUCAUAUUGAUCUACUGUAUGAUUUGAUAAGAAGAAUGGUUUUGUAGUGCUUGUUGAUAAUGAUGAUAAAUGAUAUUUUGCACAGUCACAUUGAUAGUAUGCCUGAAAAGUUAAUGAAAUGUUUUAUUACUUUCAUUUUCAAUGUUUAUACUUACUUUUCUUUGUUUCGAAUACAUUCUGCAUGAUGCAACGCAUGGACUGAAAAAUGUGUCACCUGUUUCCUCCAAACAAACGGGCGUAUAAGGAAUACCGGAACAGUAACAGUCGUUAUUACAUUCUGAUGUCAAAUUUAAUCGUCUGUUUACAAUAUUUAAAGGAAUCUGUCCA